AUGGAACUACCAAACAAACUGCGCUUGGACAGGUGCCCUAUUUUGGCGGCAGCCUUGUUAUUACUACCUGCGUUGACGGUUUUAUGUAAUGACAUUCUCAGCCUGAAGGUGGCAGGAGACCCGGUUCUAAACGCAAACUCGGUGUGCUUGCGCCUGGCUGGCCUCAGUAAGCGUCAGAUGAGGAUGUGCGUGCGUCAACCCGACGUGACGGCCUCCGCUCUGCAGGGCAUCCAGGUGGCCAUCCACGAAUGUCAGCAACAGAUGCGGGACCAGCGGUGGAACUGCUCAUCCCUCGAGAACCUCGGCAAGCUUUUGUACCACAGCAACAUCCUCAACAGGGGUUUUCGUGAGAGCGCUUUCUCGCUCGCCCUGCUAGCAGCAGGUGUGGCACACUCUGUGGCCUCAGCCUGUAGCAUGGGCAAGUUGGGGGCGUGCGGCUGCGGGGGUAAGCGCCGUCAGGAUGAUAACAAGCUCAGGUUGAAGCUGCAGCAGCUGCAGAUGCUGCAGAAGGACGGCCCGGGACUCAUCGUGGACCCACUACCCUCAAGUCACUUUGGCGACCUGCCCGCCGACCUACACUCCGCCCACUACUCUGCACGCUUCAAGCCUUUUCCUGAUGAACUGACGUCACUGCAGGAGACUUGGGAGUGGAGGGGCUGCAAUCACGACUUGCGUUUUGGAGAGCGUUUCUCCAAAGAGUGGCUUGACUCCCGAGGAUCUCCGAAAGACAUCCACGCUCGAAUGAGGAUACAUAACAACCGAGUGGGACGACAGAUAGUAGCUGACAACAUGAAGAGGAGAUGCAAAUGUCAUGGCACUUCAGGGAGCUGCCAGUUCAAGACCUGUUGGCAUGUUUCACCAGAGUUUCGGCUCGUGGGUUCAGUACUCAAGGAAAAAUUCUUGUCAGCCAUUUUGGUUAACUCCCAGAACAAGAACAAUGGAGUUUUCAAUCCUCGAAUGGGGAACGGGCGCCGAAGGAGGAUGGGGAACCUGAACCGAGGUCGUCGUCGCAGCAUAUCCAGAGAGUUGGUGUACUUUGAGAAGUCUCCUGACUUCUGCGAGCGGGAUGUUGCUGUAGACUCUUUGGGCACGCACGGCCGCAUCUGUAACAAAACUAGCCACGGUACGGACAGCUGUGGCUCGCUCUGCUGCGGCCGAGGACUCAACAUACUGAAACAGACCCGCAGUCACCGCUGCAAUUGUAGGUUUCAUUGGUGCUGCUACGUUCUAUGUGAGGAGUGCCGUGUCACAGAAUGGGUCAGUGUGUGCAAGUAGAUCCUAAUUGCCUUUACAUGACAUGGAAAAUCCUUAAUCCUUGUUCAUUGGUUUGGUUCCAUGUGUAAUUUGGAAGAUCCCAGUUUUGUGUUUAUUUCAAUCCAAUCAAUCAAUCAAUCAAUCAAUCAUAGUCCAUUUUUCUAGUGCUUUUCAUUCAUAAAAUGCAUCUCAAAGCCAUUUGCAAACGGAACUUUACCUUUUGUACUUUCACAAGGCCAAGUGAGAGAUUGAAAGACUCCUGUCAUGCUGUGUUACAAUGCUCUCUUCACAGUCCUGCUGCUUUAUUCUAUUGAUGUGUUUUAACUCUACAUGUAUAUUUGUAAAUCUAUUUUUAAUAAUUCUGGCUUUUCAUUGGCUCUUGGCUGGAACAGCUUGGUUGUAAUUAAUCCCUUCUAUUGCUCUUUAAUUUUGCUGUGUAAUUU